CCCCCGGAAUGCGUAAAGCCAAAUUUCGUCAAAGCCGUCAAUUGGAUCGGAAUUGAUGGAAUGAGCGGCUGGAAAUUCAAUAUGUAUCAGGCCAACACUGCUGAGGAAUGUUGUUCAAUAUGUCACCAUUCAAUCCAUGACGGAUGCAACGGUUGGCUGUAUAUGGCCGAGGAAUCCUUCACCCCUCCAUGUUCCAUUAUUCAUGGAUUCGCUGGUCCUAACACAGACGAUGAUUGUCCCAAUGGACGCCCCGGAAUCGUGUUUGCAAAAAUAAAAAACUCGGACAACUUCGGAGGACCAGGGCCUUGUGCGGGCUCGGUUCGGGGAUGAUGUUAUAUGGAAGGCUCAAACGGAUUGCAUUUCAGUGGUCCUCUAUAACAAUGAUUGGUGAAUUGGGAAGAAAAAGCGGCAGGGAAUUGGCACCGGAAACUGAGCGUGUUAGGAAGCAGGAACACAUACUGGGAACUCGGGGUUGUUUAUGACAUUUGCAGGAUACCCCUAAAGAAAGCGUCACAGAAUCCUUCCCCCUACGGCUUUGGUGGCCCAUGAAGAGUGAUAGUGACCUCGCACUUCGCGGUUCGUUGAUCAAAUGCGAAGAUAAAAGCCAAUUGAGGCCAUAUUACGAGCCGUCACUUGUAUAGGGGCCGGGUUGAGGCCUGUGGAUGGUCGAGGUCAUCUA